CCGUAAAUCGAAAAGUCUUCAUUGUAUCUCAUUCAUCUUCUCUCCCAGGGCCACCCUUUGAUAGCCGGCUCUGCAAUUCGAGCCUCUCUCAUGGAUGCAGUAUCAACUAAGCGUUCUGAGCCGUAUCAUACGCCACCAGACCAGGAGCACGAAACCGAUGGCGGCGGUCCUCAGCCAAAGAGACGAAAAGUCCGAAAGGGGACGAGAAGCUGCUGGGAGUGCCGCCGGCGCAAGAUGAAAUGCAUCUUCAGCUCGCCUGCAGACACCAUCUGCGUUAGCUGUAAGCGACGCGGUGCCAAAUGUGUUGACCAGCAGUUCCCUGAGCACAUCUCCACGCCUUUGGACCGGAGCCUUCAGAUGGGAGACCGAGUUGUGAGAGUUGAAGCGCUGGUUGAGCAGUUACUCAAAAAGAUGUCCAACAACUCGGACUCUUCUUGCUGCGGAUGCGCGACGGCACAAGAGGGUGGGAAAUCCAAUAACUUUAGCAGCCCGGUAUCUGUGGAACUAUAUAGUCGUUCAUAUGAACCUGAAUCUUUAAAUCAUCAAGAGACUCCUCAGUAUGAAAUCCUCGAUUGCGACAGUAACGGUGGACCUUCACAUCUAGUUUCUAGUAAGAGGCGUUCUACUGAAUUGGGUAGACAACACCAGGCACUGUCCCAAGCUCUGUACGAAUCUUUACCUACGCCAAAAGACAUCGACAUAAUCUCCAAAGCACGUGGCGACUUGUCUGCGCGCUUCUACCAAAUGCUUACCGUUUCCUACAAUGACCUCGAAAAAGGCGAUCCUCAAUCAUUAGAGAGCCUUUUUGAGCCGUCAGGACCAAACGCUCACCCCGUUCUAAUAGGAUUAUACAUGCUCAGGAUUGCUACCUUUCUACAACACCUCCAUCCUAAUCUUCAUAAAAACCUCAAAGGCUUAUCGGAACCGCCGCGCCAGAUCAUGAACCGCUUAUUCAACACCGCCGUCAGCCUCGUGAAUGCAAACGAAAGUCUCAUCAGCAACAUCGAAGGGAUAGAGUGCGUGAUGAUGGAGAGUCUGUGGCAUACGAAUGGCGGAGAUUUGCGCAAAGGGCUGGUUGCAAUCCGGAGGGCCAUGACAAUUGCCCAGCUGUUGGGCUUUCACCGCUCCAGGAGCUCAGCCCAGUGCAAGCUGCUCGACUCGGAAAGACAAGUCCAGCCGAAAUUUAUAUGGUUUCGCAUUGUGUUUGCAGAACGACACAUUUGUCUCAUGCUGGGCCUCCCUCAAAGCUCCAUCGACCAGAGUAUGGCUUCCAAGGAGAUGCUCGAAAGCGACACGCCCAUGGGACGUCUUGAGCGCAUACACUGCGUCAUCGCAUCUCGUAUUCUGCAACGCAACCAGUCCGAGCCAAGCCCCGAUGACUUUGCCCUGACGCAGGAAUUGGACAAGGAGCUGCAAAAAGCCGCUCAAGAUUUACCUAGAAAGUGGUGGCUUCACUCCAAUCUCGCCACAGUCCUGGACGACCCGGAGAAACUCUUCUGGGAUAUGCGACGGCUCUUCCAUCAGCUGUUUCAUUACACUCUUCUCAACCAACUCCAUCUUCCUUACAUGCUCCGCUCGUCGCUGAACGGACACGACAGCCAAUACUCCAGGGUAACAUGCGCCAACGCCUCCCGCGAGGUCCUCGCGCGGUUCAUCACGUUCCGCAGCGCCGAUCGAAUAGCCUUUUGGUGCCGGACGAUGGAUUGGUUCUCUUUAAUGGCCGCCAUGACGCUGCUGAUAGCACAUCUCGACGGGCACCGCCGCGGCUCCGAGUCUGCAAGAUUAGAAAACUGGCUGACGCACCAACGACCCGGUGACCGUGCGAUGAUAGAACAGGUGCAAGAAAGCAUGGAGGAAGUGAGCCAACGAAACGGCGAUGCCCUAGGGGCACGGAGCGUACAACUGCUACGAAGACUACUGAUGAUUGAAGCCGAGGCGGCUGGCGGCCAUGCCGAAAACGUCAACAGGGUAAGCGUGCAGGUCGCGGCGGCUGAUGAGCCAGUCGAUGAAGACAGAAGCAGCGCCGUGCGUGUGUACAUUCCAUAUUUUGGCACCAUCAACAUCGCGCGUGGGGGAAUCAUCUCCAAGGAAAUGAUCGUGAAUGCAUCUGAUCGAGGCGGGAUACAAGGCCCUGAAGGACGUCUUGCUGACGACGCUGCUGGAGCUACAAAGACUUGGAGCAGCACGCUUGCAGAUGCGGGAUACAGCAGCAGUAAUGGCUCACUAAUAGAAACACUGCCUGAGAGCUACUCACAACAAGAGGAAGAUGCUCUGUUUGCCACUGGGAUUGAUGACUGGGCUUAUCAGAGUGUUGACAUGGCUUUUUUUGAUAGCUUGAUGAGAGAAGUUGGAGACGGGCCUGCCGAGUUGGGGUAAUAGACUGGGCGUUGGCUGCAUAAAGAUGAUACAAUUUCAACUACGUUUAGCGAAGGACUCAAAUUGUAAUUCUACCAGGC